CACGCUGACAGACGGGUGCAAAGCCGAAUCAGCGCAGUCACAGAUCGCCGAUCACAGAUCACAAACAAACAAAUAUGCCCAGUCCCUGGUUAAACCAGAGCAAGAUCAAAGCAUUCGCUCUGCUCUGGCUGCUGCUGCUGUUGAUUGAUCUUAGUCAGGUUCAGGCACAAAGAAGCACUGGCGGUCGCAAUGUCCUACGUCGCAAUUAUACGGGCAAGAAGCCAGUUGUUAUUCAACACAGAUCACAGGACGCGGUCAACUAUUACGAUCAUGAGAAUGGUGCCAAGAUCAUAAAAUCAUCGCACUUUGAACUGGAUUAUACGCUGGGUCGCAAGAUAACUUUCUUCUGCAUGGCACAGGGCAAUCCUCGUCCAACUAUCACCUGGUUCAAGGAUGGCGCUGAGCUCUAUCAACAUCGUUUCUUUCAGGUACACGAAUCCCAUCCAGAGCCAGAGAUUAUCAAAUCUAAAAUGGAAAUAGAUCCAACCACGCAAAUGGAUGCAGGUUAUUACGAAUGUCAAGCGGAUAAUAUCUAUGCAAUUGAUCGUCGAGGUUUUCGUACAGACUAUGCCAUGGUUAAUUUUUAACAUUCCCUACGUCCCCGUUCAUUUUUCAUUGACAUAUUGUAACACAUUUUUGCUG